AUGUCAUCACCAUCAAAUUCAUCACCUAUUAAAAUUGAUUCUACAACGACAGCAGCAACAACAACAACACAAGGAAGUGGUAGUACAAUUAAUAUUGAAACAGCAAAUAAAAAUGAAUUAAUCGAAUUUAUAAAGAAACAAGCAAUUCAUAUUAAAAAAUAUGAAAAUAAAUAUUCAACAGUGAUUGAAACUUAUAAGAAAUUAAAGAAUGAAAAUUUGGAAUUAAUUAAAAAGCAACAAAAUCAAGAAGAAGAAAUUUCAUUAUCAAAACAAACUUCAAAUUCAAUCAUUGAAUCAUUACAAUCUGAAAUCAAUAAAUUAUCAUCAUCUUCAAAUACUCUACAAAAAAUGAAAGAACAAAUUGAAGAGAAUCUACAAAAUAGAUUUCAACAUGAGAAAUCAUUAUUUCAAGAUGAAAUUAAAUCAUUACAAUCUCAAAAACAAGAUUUACAAUUAAAAUUACAAAAUAUUGAACAACAACAUCAAUUAGAAUUACAACAACAACAUCAAAAAAUUCAACAAGAAUUUCAACAAGAAAUUAUAAAACAAAAACAAGAUUUUGAAAAUUUAAUUCAACAACAACAACAACAACAACAACAACAACAACAACAACAACAACAACAAGAUUUAAAACAAGAAGAUCAACAACCAAAACAAUUAAAUAAACAAUUAAAUUAUGAUAGUGACUAUUUAGAAAGUUUACCAUUGGAGAAAAAGAUUAAUAUAAUAUUAGAAGAAGAAAUAACAGAAGAAGAUGAAGAAAAAGAAAAUAAGAAUAAAGAGGAAAAAAAUAUAAAUAAUUUAGUUGAAGCUGAAGAAGAAGAAGAAAUUAAUAAUAGUGAUAGUAAUAAUAAUACAAAAGAAUUUUAUGAAAAAUUUAUAAAUGAAAAAGAAAAAACAAUUGAAUUUUUAAAUAAACAAAAACAAGAGAUUGAAGAAAUGGUAUUGGAAUUUAAAGAUGAAAUUCAAAGUUUAAAGAAAUUAAAUCAAGAUAAAGAUAUUGAAUUGGAACAAGUUAAAGAGAAUCUACAACAGAUCGUUGAAAAGAAUAAUGUAACUAAAACUGAAAUCAUUAAUAAUAAUGUACAAGCUGAAGAAGAGUUUACAAUUCAAAUCAAAAAGUUGGAGAAUGAAUUAGCUGAAAAUAAAUCUCUUUUAGAAUUAAAGAAUGAUCAAAUUGCAAAAUUGAAUACAUAUAGUGAUGAGAAAAUGGCGAAAUUAAAAUCACUUUUACUUGGUGCUCAAAAACAUGUUUCAGAACAAAAGAAACAAAUCAAUGACAAGUCCAAUGAAAUCUCACAAUUGAAAGAAACAAUUGAAAAUUUAGAUAAGAAUCAAUCAGAAAAUGAAUUACUUUCAAAUGAAUAUGAUGAAAUGAAAAAUAAUUAUGAAUAUAAUUCUCAAAGAAUUAAAUUAUUAGAAUCUCAACUAUCACAAACAAAUCAAUCAUUAUUAUCAAUUCAAAAUGAAUAUAAUGAUUAUAAAAUUAAAGUUCAUUAUGCAAUUAAAAAGAAUCAAUUUGAUGAUGAUGAUAAUGAUGAUGAUGAUGAUGACGACGAUGAUAAUAAUAAUAAUAAUAACAAAAAUGAUAAAGAUAAAAUAAAUCAAGAUGAUAAUAAUCAAAAAGAAAAUGAUAAUUUAGAAAAUAAUAAUGAUCAAAAUGAUGAAAAUUUAAAUAAUUUAGAAAAUGACAAUCUAAAAAAUAUCAACAAUAAUCAAAUCAUUGAAAAUUUAAAGAAUACAUUUGAAAUUGAAAAGAAUCAGUUAAAUGAAACCAUUCAAUCAUUAUCAGAUCAAGAGAAACUAUAUAAAAAAGAGAUUUCAAAGAUUACUGAUCAAUAUGAAGAUUCAAAAGAUAAUAUAAUAAUUUUAAAUUCAAAGAUUCAAAAUUUAAAUCAAAUUAUUGAAACUUUAAAAGAUGAUUUAAGUCAACAACAACAACAGCAACAACAACAAAUAACACAAACAAAACAAGAUCAACCAAUAGAAAAUAAUAAUAAAAUUAAUAAUAACAAUAAUAACGAUAGUGAUAAUAAUAAUAAUAAUGAUAAUAAUAAUAAUAAGGUUGAACAAAUUAAAUUAACAUAUGAAAAUGAAAUUAAAUUAAAAGAAGAGAAAUAUAUUGAAUUACAAUCACAAAUGAAUUUAUUUAAAAAAACAAAUAAUUCUGUUUUGAGAGAAAAAGAUAAACAAUUACAAGAUCAAAAGAAACAAAUCGAAUCUUUAAUAGAGGAUUUGGAAUCAUUUAAAAAUAGUAAUAAUAAUAAUAAUAGUAAUAUUAACAAUAGUAAUAAUAAUAAUAAUAAUAAUAAUAAUAAUAAUUUAACAACAACCACAACUACAACUACAACAUCUACCAUUAGUCCAGUUACUAGUGAAAACUAUAAUAAAUUAUCACCAUAUUCAUUAUCAAAUGAAAAUGAAGUUUUUAAUAAUGAUAGUGAUAAUGAAAAAAUUGAUGAUAUUAAUAAAUUUAAUCUUGAAAAUUUAAUUAAUUUUAAUUCAACAAAUAAUUCAAUUUAUAAUAAUAAUAGUAAUAAUAAUAAUAAUAGUAAUAAUAAUAAUAAUAACAAUAAUAGUGGUAAUAGAUAUAUAAAUAAAAUUAGAAAACCAAUUAAUUAUAUGGGUAAUAAUACAGAUAAUAAUAAUAAUAAUGAUUUAAAUGGUAUAAUUGAAAUGGUGAAAUCUGAUAAAACUCCAACAGAAGUUGAGAAUCUUUUACAAAAUUUUGCAAGUAAACAAGCUGGAAGGGAUGAGGAAUUAAGAAAAUGUCAAAUUGAAAUCAAUAAAUUAAAAUACCUAUUAGAAGAAAGUGAAUCAAAUGAACAAAGACAUCUUGAACAAGAGAAAGUAUUAAAAGAAGAAAUUAGAAGUUUAGAAAGAAACGUUAACUUGGGUAACCUUCAACCAAUGUAUUUAAAGAAUAUAUUAUUAAAAUUCAUCGAAACUGAUGAUAGUGAUUCUUUAUUACCCGUAUUAACAACUGUUAUGCAAUUCACUCCUGAUGAAGUUAAACGUGCCACUGACGCUGUGAAAGCUAGGAAAAAAGAUAAUAAUUAUUGGAAAGUUAAAUUAUUUUAA